AUGGUAUGGAAAGCGCAUUCAUUCCACCUCAAGGUAGCGGCAUUGUCAAUGGUGCUAGUGAGUGAGUCUAUCUCUUCGACGUCCGUUCUGCCUUUUGUAGGGCUUUUCGUUGCGAAGCUGGAGAACGUCUCCCCCGAAGAGGCCGGUUUUCUUUCCGGUAUUCUUGUGUCGGUGUUUCAGCUGGGACAGAUCCUCACAGGGAAGAUGUGGGGGACGAUGAGUGACAGGUUUGGGCGUAAGCCCAUCAUUCAAUUGGGUCUCUUUUUCAGUACAGUUAUGGCGGUCUUUUUUGGGGUGAGUCCAAACAUUGAGUUCUGCAUCUUGAUGCGUUUCCUGCACGGGUGCGUUAACGGCAACGUGUUUGUUGCCAAAACGGUCAUUGCCGAUAUAACGGAUAGGACGACGGAAAGCAUGGGGUUUGCCACCAUCAGUCUCUUCUGGGGAAUAGGCUCUAUGGUGGGACCUACAUUGGGAGGGCUGUUGUACGACCCUGUGAAGAAUCCAAUGUUGAAGCACUUUUUCUCUUCCGACGAUCGCAUAGCGGAGUUUUUUAUGGUUCAUCCUGCAUCACUUCCCAUGUUGAUGAUUGCCACUUUCUCCACCUUGGCGUUACUUUUCACCUGCGUAUUUCUCCCUGAAACAAGCAAAAAUACGGUGGAUCCAUUGUUGUCACUCUGUUGUGGCCGUCACACCACCGCUGUACAGCCUGUGGAGAUCGCGGAAGACGGAAAGUUGCAGGAAAAAGAGGAUAUCAUGGCAUUUACCUUUGCUGAAGAGACGGAUGGUGUACUUCAUGAAGGAGAUGUGCAGUCUUGGAAAGUAAGUCGUGGCGGGGCAAUUUUUGUAGAAGAGGAGGCAUUGCAACAGUCCAUUUCUGUGGAGACUGUCUCCAUGGGGCAAGGGAUGCGCAGUCGGAAGUUGGAGAGCUCAUUGGAAGGUCAGGGUAAUAGAGAAAAUAAGUUGAAGUCUAAUUUUGGCUACGGCGAGGCCAUGCAAUCUCCAAGCAUGCAAAAGGUGUUGAUAAUGUACAUGUGUAUCGCCUCGAGUGAGUGUGCCUUGUUAGAAGUUGUCCCACUUUGGUCGAUUGCUUCAGUUGAAAAAGGUGGCCUUGGUCUUCAGUCGUCCGAUGUGGGUUGGUUACUGUGUAUAGCUUCUAUAGUUUGCGUCAUUGCAAAUCUUUGUUUUGAUUUUUUAUCGCAGUGUGUGCGAAACAAUCGGCUUAUUUGGGAUGCUAGCAUCAUAAUAUGGGUUUUGGCCUCUGUAGCUCUGCCUUGUACAGUCUUUUUCCCUCGUCAGUGGAUAUACACGAGCGUUGCAGUUUUAAACGCCAUUCGAGAGGUUGCGCUGUCAUGGAAUUUUGCCUUAAUUUACCUCUUGGUUGCUCGAUCAGCACCGAAGGAGCAUGUGGGGUCACUGAAUGGAGUAGCCCAAUCUGUCGGCUCAUUAUCGCGUAUGUUAACAAUGCUGGCAGUUCCCCCGUUAUUUGCAUUUUCCAUUAAUAACGCGUACCCCUUUCCUUUCAAUCAUCACUGUGUGUUUUGGCUGACCACGUUGCCCCUUCUGCUGAGUUACAUCCUAUCCACGUAUCUUUCACAAUCCGUAUUGGGUGGUUAG